GGGCGGUCGGUGGCCGGGCCGUGGCGAGCCACUCGCUCCAAGCAGCUAUGCCACCCUGUCCACAUUGGGUUAACCGCGAACCGCGAAAUCCUUUCGCGGGGGAUGAUCGUAGGGCGCGGGUCUUACGCGGGGGAUCGUCGCGGGUCCUCCGCGGGUCCUCCGCGGGGGUAGUCGCGAUCCGCAACCAUCCCCAGCGAAAGGACUUCGUGGUUCGCGGUUGGCAUAGCUGCUUGGAGCGGCUCGCGACCGGCCGCUCGACGACCGACCGCUCGACCACCGACCGGUCGGUGCUCGGUCGGUGGCUGAAUUCGGACACACUCUUUGAGUCAGCUGUCACCUGUCAUCGCAAAUCGCAACAAAAACACGUUAUUUCCGUGAUUUUGGACGUUUUUCAUUGUCACCUGAAAUACUUCGGAUUACUGAACCAUGAAGGUGCUCUCUUGGCUUUUAGUGGAUAUGGAGAUCAUGAUGCUAGGGUAAUUGCAGCUAUUUGCAGCAAUAUUUGGUCAGCCUACGAAAAGAAUGGAAGAAACGCCUUCAAAGAAGAUCGGCUACGGCUAGUGUUAAUGGAAUGCAUGGAUGGCAAAGUUGCUAUUACACAAGUGGCAAGUUUGCUUCUAUGUCUGUAUGCCAAGGAGAGUGUUGGUUUUGGAUUACUGAAAGAAAAAGCACAAGCUCUUGCUACAUAUCUAGAAGAACCUCUUAAACAAGUGGCAACAUCAUGAUAUUUUUAAAAAUAUUUAAAUUAUAAGUCAGAUUCAAUUUUAUACAAGAAAUAUUUAGAAUGGCUGUUAUCCCUCUGUGUUGAUGAAUAAAAAUUAUAAAUUUUGUAGAA